UUCAAUUUUAAUUCCAAAAUUAAUUGCAUAAUAAUAAUAAUCCCGCGCUCAUUCGAAGUGGAAAAGAGAAAAGAGCGAGUCGAAACCCAUUUUUUCCCGCCUCUUCGAUCCUCUCCGUGGGGGCGAUCGAUCCCCAAUCCCCCGUCUCUCCCCUCUCAGAUUCCGCGCCUCGAUCGAUCGCUUCGUCCCCGAUCCCUUCCGCAUUGCGGCGAUGUGAAAAUCGUAAGGUCUUUCUGCCGUAUCCUUGCUAGUCCUUGCUAGUAAGUUAUUUCUGGCAAGUAAUAUUUGAAGCCUGUGAAUUUGUCAACAGUGAUGACUAACGAAGUAUUAUCAAUCAGAAGCAAGUUAAAUUUGGGAUCUUCUUGUGGUACUAAACUUCCUAAGACCAACUGGCAGCAUCACGCAGCUGCUUUCGAAGAUUUAUCUUGUCAAGGAAAAUAUUUGAGUUCGGGCUUUCUGUUCUCCUUACCAUCUCAGAAACCUUGUGCAGAAGAAAGGGCUGAAGGAGUGAGUUCAACAAGACAUGUUGCUUGUAAAAUUCAAGGACCUGAAAGACUGCAAGAUGCACAAAUUCCAAAGGCUUGGCAUGCUCUCUGCAAUACUCAUGCGGCAGGUAAGAAUUAUUUAAGGCCUGGAUUAACUGCUCCUCUCCAGCGGAACCACAGUGCAGAUAAUGCUCAGAUUCAUCUUGGAAGUUUGCCUGAUAAUUGCGGAAAUUCUAACAAUCUCCCAAGAUCAGGAGUUUUUUGUCGAGAACAGCAUUUGACGACAAAUAAUGACACCAAUACAAAGGUUUAUUUAGGUUCAAACAUGAUGCAACCAGCUCCCAUUAGAACAUCAACUACGGGCAACUCUUUUAUUAUUGGUAAUGAAAACCAUCAGGUUAAUGACGAUGCAUUAGUUCAUGAUAAUUUUCAAGAUGCCAUGGAUGAUGAUGCGAUUUUAGAGAAUAUUGAUGUUGACCAAAUAGUCAUGGAACAUUAUCAAGCCACUUGCACACCAGAAGGAUCAGUGUCUAAAGGUUGUAGAAAUACACCUUUUACUCCAGUUGAUCAUAGAAGUAAUAUCAUGCUUCAUGAAGAAGACAAUUUGCCUGCGGAACUAUGUGAAAUAUGUGUUCAUGGCUUGAAGCUGGCUUUUUGUUCAGAGGCUGCAGCUCAUUUACAAGAGCUGAAGGAUCGGUUAAUUGCUGUAUCGAAUGAACUUCUGGAUAAUGCUGCUGAUCUUAGCCCUCAACAUUCUGAAAAUCUUCGUCAAGAGCGGUUGCAACUAAAUAAGAAGAUUCAGCAACUUGAGAAAUAUAUGCAAAGGUCCACACAGGAUGAUGAAAGACAAAGAUCACAUUCAAUGGCCUCGACAACUGCCACACAGGGACUCCAACCAAUGACCCCAGUUAGCACUUUCACAACAAGCACUUAUGCUGUGGAUCCUGAUAGAAUUAGAUCCAAUGUUCAUAUAGGAAGUGAGUCAGGAUAUGGUGGGACUUGGAACUCGCCUAUGCCAUUUUCGUAUACAGAUAAUUUAGGUGUUCCAUCAGCUCCUGUAGAAAGAGAAGUAUUCACUCCAAAGCUCAUCGAUGUUAAGUACAUAGAAGGAUCAAGUGACAAAAGGUGGAAGAGUAUGGAUUUUCCAUGGACCAAGAAACUCGAGGCUAAUAACAGGAAAGUGUUUGGUAACCACUCCUUUCGCCCCAAUCAAAGAGAGGUGAUUAAUGCAACAAUGAGUGGAUAUGAUGUUUUUGUUUUGAUGCCUACUGGUGGUGGAAAGAGCCUGACAUACCAGCUUCCUGCUUUAAUAAGUCCAGGAAUUACAUUAGUGAUUUCUCCUCUCGUCUCACUUAUCCAGGAUCAGAUCAUGCAUUUAUUGCAGGCAAAUAUUCCUGCUGCUUAUCUAAGUGCCAAUAUGGAGUGGGCUGAACAGCAGGAGAUAUUUAGAGAGCUAACGUCUAGUCUGUGUAAAUAUAAACUAUUGUAUGUCACUCCUGAAAAAGUUGCCAAGAGUGAUGCUUUGUUGAGACAAUUGGAAUCUUUGCAUUCACGGGGAUCGCUUGCUAGAAUUGUCAUUGAUGAAGCUCAUUGUGUCAGCCAGUGGGGCCAUGAUUUUAGGCCAGAUUACCAGGGGCUGGGUAUUUUGAAACAAAAGUUCCCGAGUACUCCAGUUUUGGCUCUAACUGCUACAGCAACAGCUAGUGUGAAGGCAGAUGUUGUGCAAGCUCUUGGACUUGUAAAUUGCAUUAUUUUCAGGCAGAGCUUUAAUCGCCCAAAUUUAUGGUAUUCUGUUAUGCCCAAGACAAAAAAGUGUCUCGAAGACAUUGACAAGUUUAUCAAGGAAAAUCAUUUUGAUGAAUGCGGUAUUAUAUAUUGCCUUUCGAGGAUGGACUGUGAAAAAGUUGCUGAGAAACUACAGGAAUAUGGACACAAAGCAUCAUUUUACCAUGGUAGUAUGGAUCCUGCUCAGCGAGCUUUUGUUCAGAAGCAAUGGAGCAAAGAUGAGAUCAAUAUAAUCUGUGCAACAGUUGCUUUUGGAAUGGGUAUAAACAAGCCUGAUGUCCGGUUUGUCAUUCAUCAUUCGCUUCCGAAAUCUAUUGAGGGUUAUCAUCAGGAGUGUGGGCGUGCUGGUAGAGAUGGUCAACGUUCAUCAUGCGUUCUAUAUUACAACUAUAGUGAUUAUAUUCGUGUCAAAUAUAUGCUUAGUCAAGGAGUUGUAGAGCAAAGCCCUCUCACUUCUGGAUCAAGAGGUGCCUUUUCUGCCAGCAGCGAUCGGGUGUUUGAGACGAAUAUUGAGAAUCUCUUGCGCAUGGUUAGUUAUUGUGAAAAUGAGGUGGACUGCAGACGUUUAUUACAACUGGUCCAUUUUGGUGAAAAAUUUGAUCCUGCAAACUGCCGGAAGACCUGUGAUAAUUGUUCAAAAAUGGUUAGCUGCACUGAGAAAGAUGUCACUGAUAUUGCAAGGCAGCUGGUUGAGCUAGUGUUAUUGACAGGCCAGCACUACUCAACAUCUCACAUUCUGGAAGUAUACAGGGGUUCGAUGAGCCAAAUUGUCAAGAAACACAGACAUGAUGCCCUUAGUCUUCAUGGAGCUGGAAAGCAUCUAGCCAAAGGCGAGGCUUCGAGAAUAAUACGCCAUCUAGUUAUUGAUGAUAUUCUUGUGGAGGACAUCAAGAAAAGCGACAUUUAUGGAUCUGUAUCUUCGGUCUUAAAGGUAAAUCAAACUAAAGUUCAAAGACUUCGAUCGGGAAAUCAAGCCAUCAUUAUGAGGUUCCCUGCUCCUACAAAGGCAUCAAGAACUAGCAAAUCUGAUAUUACGCCAGCAAAGGGUUCAUUACUUCCAGAAAUGGCAUGUCCCCAACAAAGUGACACGAAUGGCCAAGCACAAAAUGAAAUAGACCUGAAUCUAUCAGCUAAACUAUAUGCUGCUUUACGCAUGCUUCGAACUGUGCUUGUCAAAGAAGCUGGUGAGGGUGUUAUGGCUUAUCACAUAUUUGGAAAUGCAACACUGCAGCAGAUUAGCAAAAAAAUUCCAAGAACCAAAGAAGAGCUUCUUGAGAUAAGCGGCAUUGGCAAAGCAAAAGUAAAUAAGUAUGGAGAUCGCGUGAUUGAAACCAUAGAGUCUACCAUUAAAGAGCACCAAAAGGCAAACAAGAACAACAGUAGCAGCGGCAGCAGCAACGAGAAUGCCGAGGCAAUGAAAAGGAGAAGACAAUCAAAAACCAUCAAUUCAGAUAACAAUGAUGACGAUUUUGCCGAAAGCACAGUUCAAUCCAAAAAGCGCGCAACAAAGAUAAAGAAUGCCGAGAAGGGUGUCUCGGAUUCUAUUGGCAUAUCAAACUACGAUGAUCGAUGCAUCGAUAUCGAUUUGGAUGGCUACGACUCGACAAAUGAUGAAUCGAAUCAGAACCUUCAGAAGAAUCCUUCUGGUAGGGUUUUGCCUCGGUGGUCAAAGCCGGGAAUCAAGGGCAAUAGCCCUAUCGGUAACUUAUUUGAGGAAUAUGCAUUCAAGAAGUAGUUGAAAGUACAAGAAAGUGCUGAUCUAGUAUUUUCCGGUGGAUUCACAUUUUAGCUGGAAAGUGUUUCUGUCCAAUUUAAAGCUACCACCGGAAGAGAGAUAUGAAGAAAAAAGAGAUACGCGAAGUAACUUUUUUCUUCUUUUUGUUCACUUUUUUUGCCCUAGCUUUGCUUGUACUACUUUCGAUAGAAAUAGGAAUUUAAGUCGGAUAAAACUUUACAUGAUGAGGAUUGAUCACUCAGGAAAAAGGAAUUGUAUAUAUAUAGUUCUUGUAAUAUUUCUUGGAAUGUAAUCAAAGAUAUAUACAAUUUUUGUAGUGCUUGAAAAAAAAAGGGGUUAAAAUUUAGCUCCACCAUAGUAAAAGACGGGAAGGAAAAGAUACGCA